GCUGGAAUGCGUAUGAACCGGAUGUUGAUUGUCUUUGCGUGGAUUUUUCACAGACCACGCUGCUGCCACAUCAAUGGACACAUUCGAGCUGUUCAGGAAACUCGGAGCCGGGGCUAAAUUUGACUUAAAGAGAUUUGGUCAAGAUGCUGCUCGGUUUAAGGUGGCCAGGUCUCAGGGCGGAGAAACAUCGCUGGAUUCCCUGUCUGCGAUCAACUACUUCGGAGCAGCUAAUGGAGCCCAGAGCUGGACCCCGAGAGCGGAUGAGGAGGGCAUCAAAAGUGGAGCCUCUGAAGUGGGAGGCAAAAGAAAACGCAAAGAGCGACCGGGAGAAGUGAGACACAAAAGCAAGAAGGCGGAAAGCAGCUGGAUGGAGGAGGACGCUCCAGCUAGUGGUGAACCACUGACUGAGACCCAGAGAGGCGGCAUCACCUGGACCUCCUCCUUGGACAGAAAGAUCCAAAACGUACAGAAGGACGGGACGGAGAAAUUCUCGCUCAAGAGACUGAAGCAUCUUCAUCAGGAAAAGGUGAAUCGCAUUCGCGCGCAGCACCGUAUAAAUGUCCAUGGCUGCGAUGUGCCCGACCCGGUCUGCUCGUUUGAGGAGCUUCAGUCCGAGUAUCAUCUCAACCCGCGAGUUCUUCAGAACCUCAAGGAUGCAGGACUGAACACCCCAACGCCGAUACAGAUGCAGGCCAUACCGCUCAUGAUGCACGCUCGGGAGCUGUUAGCGUGCGCUCCGACCGGAUCUGGAAAGACUUUGGCUUUCUCUCUUCCCCUGCUUGCCCACCUGCAGCAGCCUGCAAACCUGGGCUUCAGGGCUCUGGUCAUCUCCCCGACCAGAGAACUGGCCAGCCAGACCUACAGAGAGCUGCUGCGCCUGUCAGACGGAGUCGGCUUUAGAGUUCAUAUCAUCGAUAAAGCUUCCCUGGCAGCUAAGAAGUACGGUCCACGGUCAAAUAAAAAAUAUGACAUACUCGUCAGCACUCCCAACAGACUGAUCUACCUUCUCAAUCAGGAUCCUCCAGGAAUCAACCUGAGCAGCGUGGAGUGGCUGGUUGUGGACGAGUCCGAUAAGCUUUUUGAGGACGGGAAGACGGGCUUCAGGGAGCAGCUGGCGACCAUUUUCCUGGCAUGUUCUAACGCCAAGGUGCGCAGGGCUUUCUUCAGCGCCACCUGCACGCCGGAGGUGGAAAAGUGGUGCCGCCUGAACCUCGACAACUUGGUUUCUGUCAACAUCGGACACAGAAAUACAGCGGUGGAGACGGUGGAACAGGAGCUGCUGUUUGUCGGGGAGGAGAACGGGAAACUUGUGGCCAUGAGGGACAUCAUCAAAAAAGGUUUCCUGCCUCCCAUGCUGGUGUUCGUUCAGUCCAUAGAGCGAGCGCGGGAGCUUUUCCACGAGUUGGUGUAUGAAGGGAUCAAUGUCGACGUGAUCCACGCUGAACGAACACAGCAGCAGAGGGACAACGUGGUGAACAGCUUUCGCUCCGGGAAGAUUUGGGUGCUGAUCUGCACGGCUCUGCUCGCCAGAGGAAUCGACUUCAAAGGAGUGAACCUGGUGCUGAAUUACGACUUCCCCACCAGCGCCGUGGAGUACAUUCACAGAAUCGGCCGUACGGGUAGAGCUGGACAUCAAGGGAAGGCCAUCACCUUCUUUACAGAAAAUGACAAACCGUUGUUGCGCAGCAUUGCUAAUGUUAUAAAACAAGCUGGGUGUCCUGUGCCGGACUACAUGAUUGGCUUCAAAAAGAUCCACAGCAAAGUAAAGCGAAGACUUGAGAAGAAACCUCCCAGUAGGAGCACCAUUUGCACCACCCCUCGCUUCCUCAUGAAGAAGAAAGUCAAAGCUGAGAAAACGGAACAUCAGAAAGGGCCAAACAGCAAACAGAAAGGAGAAAACGGGCCUCAGACAGCACAACAGCACGGCCAGAAGAAGAAGACAAAAGGAAAAGUUCAAAAAGCAGCACAGAAAAAAAGGAAAACCUAAAGCAGCAGUUCAGAAAGGAGGAUCAAAAUUAGCAGGAGCCAAGUUAAAAAUGUCAGCACGGACUUCACCGGUUGCUUAUUGAUGAGUCAUUCAUGAACACCUUAAGAGUUCAAGUAAAUUAAUCACUUUCACCAAAAAUGCUUAUAAGAAAACAUUAAAUGACUUGUGAAUAAUAUUAAAACUUCAGGACUAACUAUUUAAGAGCUACAUGUAAUAAUAAUGUUCAGAUGAAAAAUUUACAAAAGGACAAGAGGACGGUGGUUCGGUGUUAUAGUGGACUUUAUUUUCAUGAACAUUCUGUUGAAUGGUUUCACAGUUCUGGAUUUUAUAAUCAGAAUAAAGAAAAACCUUUUAUACUUUGUCAUUUUGCAGCCUUUUAUUUGUUCAUCCAUUUUGUCAUUAAAAACCUGUAUCAUCAACAUUAUCAGGAAUUGCACUGUUUGGUGUUUGUGUUUACAGAUUGUUGCAGUAAAUUAGAAUAUUGUUGAAAAUUA